GAAAAAAGACGAUAGGUGCGCGGGAAAAUAAUUUAGUGUUGAAAACUUAAAUAUUAUUGUUAAACUCAGGUGUUGAUUAUCUAUUACUCUAAUAAGGGAAAUUCGAUAUAAUUUCCUUUCCAAGUUAAUUUAAUAGUGAUCAAUUAUUCAUUUCGAAAAAAACUCUAACCUCAAAAUAUGCUCAAAACGAAGCAAACAUGGUUCAAGUUAAUUUGCCAGAAAGAACAAUUGCAGCUUUCGGGCACCUUAAAUGGGGGCCAAAGUUUCAGAUGGAAGUUCCUAGAAGUCGAAGGUGAAAAAAAAUGGAUUGGAGUUUUUUCAAACCAUGUUUGGGUUUUAAAACAAACCGAUGAUAGUAUUUUAUACCAAGUGUACGGUUCAGAUAAUAACGAAGAAUUUUACAAUAAUCUUUUAUCUAAUUAUUUCCAAUUAAACUUAGAUUUGAAACAAAAAUUCACCGAGUGGUCCUCCAAAGACCCCAUUUUUGAAAAAGCAGCGUCUCAGUUUUACGGCAUUCGUAUUCUCAAGCAAGACGUUGUUGAAAACAUAUUCUCGUUUAUUUGUUCAUCUAACAAUAAUAUAAGCCGUAUUACGGGAAUGGUUGAAAAACUUGCAAAAUUUUAUGGGAAAAAAAUUUGCGAACUUGAAGGCCAAACGUAUUAUUCAUUUCCGACAAUUGAUUCUCUAGCCGAUGUUAAAGUCGAAUCGGUUUUGAAAAAGGAAGGUUUUGGUUACAGGGCUAAAUACAUAAGCGAGUCAGCGAAAUUAAUAAUGAAGGAAGGCGGCGAAAAAUGGCUUGACGAUUUAAAAAAGUUGCCAUAUGAGGAAUCGAGAAAUAAAUUAAUGACGUUGGCUGGGAUUGGCCCCAAAGUGGCGGACUGCAUUUGCUUGAUGUCUUUGGGGCACUUAGGGACAAUACCUAUCGAUACGCAUGUUUACCAAAUCGCACGAAAAUUUUACAUGCCGCAUUUACCAAAACGCAAAACAGUCACAACAAAAAUUUAUAAGGACAUUGGAGACCAUUUUCGGGAUCUGUACGGACCUCUGGCAGGUUGGGCACACACAGUCCUUUUUUGCGCUGAUUUGAAAAAAUUCCAAACCGGCGAAAACUAAAUUCAUACAUUUUAAAAUUUUAUUCAAUAAACUUCAAUACAGUUUAAU